GGAAAAGACGAAAGAGGACCUUCUUGUGCCUUCUCUUCUGUAAUCCUGGUGGUGGGAUGUGGGCGCCCCUUUUCCUUCCUUUUCAUUCUGCCGCUUAUUAUCCCUCCCCCUAUAAUUUAAUACACGACGAAGCUUCUAGAAACAACAGAGCUCAUCUCCCUCUCCUCUCUCUCUCUUCCCCCUCUCCACCACCCCACCGAAAUCCCUUUGUCCGUAUUUUUUUUUUCUCUUGGCAUUCCUGGUUUCUCCUUUGAUCUUAGAUUUUUUGUUUUUUUUUUUUUUAUAAUUUUUCUUUUUUUUUAGACCAUGGCUCCACCGCCGGUCGAACAGAUGGGUGAAUCAACUGCUGGUGAUGGGCAGAGGUCUCUGCCGACGCCUUUUCUGACGAAAACAUACCAGCUCGUGGAUGAUCCUUCUAUUGACGACGUGAUUUCAUGGAAUGAGGAUGGUUCCACUUUCAUCGUCUGGCGACCAGCUGAGUUCGCCAGAGAUCUGCUACCGAAAUAUUUCAAGCACAACAAUUUUUCAAGCUUCGUUAGACAGCUUAAUACAUACGGCUUCCGAAAGAUUGUUCCUGAUCGAUGGGAAUUCGCGAAUGACUGUUUCCGCAGAGGAGAAAAAAAGCUUCUCUGCGACAUUCACCGCCGUAAAAUAUCACCGGCCGUCACAGCGGCUGCCGUUACCACAACAGCAUUCCCGGUCGUGCGGGCGGGAUCCCCGACGAAUUCGAGCGACGAGCAAGUCGUCACCUCCACCUCGCCACCUUCGAACGUUCCCGCUACGGCGUGUAGAGCAACAAGCUGCAACAGCGCGGCGGAGCUUCUCGAUGAGAACGAACGACUUAGGAAAGAGAAUAUGCACCUGAAGCACGAACUAACCCAGUUGAAGAACCUUUGCAACAGUAUCCUCGUUUUGAUGACGAAGUACGCCAAUAGUCAGCAAGAAAACUGUAGCUUCUUGGCAGAGAAGCCGCCGCUCGAUCUCUUGCCGGUGAAGCGUAUUUCGGAAGAUUCUGAUGCCGACACUUUGGUGGGGCAGAGCCGAGUGAAGACUGAAGAGGAGAUCAGUCCACGGUUAUUUGGUGUUCCCAUCGGCGUUAAAAGAGCAAGAGGAUGUGAGGAGGAGGAGGAACAGGAAGAGCAGCAGCAGCAGCAGCAGCAACAGCUGCAGCCACCUGGUCCUGAAGCAGAGCCGUGGGAUCAGCAGAAGUCGGAGAAUCAGAACCAUUCGUGGCUCAAAAUCCCAAUCUAACCAGAGAGGGUAUGCAAUUGAAGCUGACCGGUGUAAAGAAUCGAGCAAUUUCAGUGGAAGAGAGAGAGAAAAGAAUGAUGACUGGACACGUGUCAUGUGCACAAAUCACGUGGUUCAUCAUCCUGCGUCUUCUACUUCAAGUUGUAAUCUAUCUAUUCUAAGUUGUAACCUCGGGGUCAGGGAGUAAAACCUAAAAGAACCCAAGGUAGAAGUAGAAUGGAUGAAUCAAGAAGCUUCUUGUUUUGUUUCUA